AUGAGUGUUCCAGAUUAUCAAGCUGUUGCGGGUGAGAAGCGUGCCCAGGCUGCGGCCAAAAUUCCACAUGAAUGGCGCUUGUCAGACGAGGUCCUAUCGCAGGUUUCGAUGACAUCUCCCAUCAGCGUUCUCGGAAUACCCCGUACAAGUGGACUUUUGUCGACAACAGAGCUUGAUAUCACCGAAAACUACACCGCGAUUGAAAUCCGACAAGCCCUAGCAUCCCGCCGUUUUACUACAGUCCAGGUUACCAGUGCGUUCUCUAAACGUGCCGCGAUCGCUCAGCAAUUGACGAACUGCAUCACCGAAACCUUUUUCGAUCAAGCCUUGGAACGAGCAAGAUUCUUGGACAACUAUCUGGCGGAGCACGGCGAACUUUUUGGUCCGUUGCAUGGGAUCCCUAUCAGUGUCAAAGACAGCUUUAAUCUACCGGGAAUACCAUCCACUCUGGGUUUCAUCACGUUCAACAAAAGGGACUUCCCCGAUCAAAACUCGCCUCUCAUUGAGAUUUUACUAUCGUUGGGUGCAGUCAUAUACUGUAAAACCAAUGUCCCUCAAACCCUCAUGACGGCAGAUUCAGACAAUAAUCUAUUUGGUCGCACUCUGAACCCCCAUAAAUUGACCUUAACUCCUGGUGGGAGUAGUGGUGGAGAGGGAGCACUAAUUGCCAUGCGUGGCUCGCUGAUUGGUGUGGGGACUGAUAUUGGGGGUUCUAUUCGCAUUCCAGGCUUCUGUUGCGGCACGUAUAGCUUCAAGCCGUCGGUCGGCCGGGUCCCAUAUGGGGGCCAAACCUCACCGUCAAGAAAAACUGCCCCGGGGGUUAAAGCAUCUGCUGGGCCUUUAGCCAUGAGCGUGGCUGACAUCGACCUAUUCUUGAGCAGCGUGCUCGGUGCGGGCCCUUGGGACUACGAUAGUACAGCAAUUUGCGUCCCUUGGCGCCCGGUCACGUUCACACGGCCUUUGACCCUCGGAUUUAUAUUGGAGGACCCUGACAAUCCCGUCAGCCCUCCUAUUGCUCGUGCGCUGAAGACCGCAGUCGCGCUCUUGAGAGAUGCAGGCCACCAGGUCGCUGACUUGAAAUCCUUUCCAUCGUUUAACGAAGCAACUGCCGUCUGCUGGGACUUCUUUAGGACAGACCCUCGAAAUACUAGCCUCGGACACAUCGAGGCUGGCGGGGAACCGCAGGUGACAUCGGUAGCAUUGGCUUUGCAGAAAUCAUUCGGAACGGGCAGCGGUGGUAAACAGAUCACCAUGGACGAUUACUUCGACCUCAACGCAGCCCGCGGCGCUCUGAAACACGCUUGGUUUAGGAUAUUUCUCGACAAUAAAUUUGAUGCCAUCAUCCUGCCGGCUUAUGUGACGCCCGCUCCACCGCACGAUACUUACAGAACCCCCGCAUAUACCUCCCUGCUCAAUCUACUAGAUUACCCUGGGACCACUAUUCCCUUCCUGAAGGUGGAUAAAGCUACUGAUGCUCGGGACCCAAGAGUACCAUUCUGUGCGUUGCCUUUCCUCCCUAAUUCCCUUAUUCUUGAAUCAUCUGACCAGCUUGAGCAAACAGACGAUCCGGAAACAUAUCAUGGAGUACCGUGUCACAUUCAAUUGAUGUCGAGGACACAGCACGAUGAGGAGCUCAUGGAGGUCGCGCGAAUUGUAGCUGGAGUUUUGAACUCCGGCGCCUCCAGCGCCUCCAGUGGCAAUGACCUGGCCCAAAAGUCGGUUUCAGCAAAGCUGGCCUAA